AACUUUGAUUUAUUUCUCCUGUAGUGCGGCGUCGGGGAGCAGCAGCGAAUCAGAGAGCAGCUCGGAGUCGGACACAGACGAAUCAGAGAGCAGCUCCAGUGACAGCGAGUACAAUCAGGCCUCGCGUACACACACUCCAGAGCCCGAGCCCUCCGCCAACAAGUGGCAGUUAGACAGCUGGUUGAAUAAAGUCCAAGCUCAAACCAAACCCCUGCUUCCCCUUCAGCAAGAACAUGCCACAGGCGCCAUCUCCCGGCGUACUUCUCCAGGGAGAGAAGCACCAGGAGUGGGUACAGCUGUCAAGACUAAGCCCUGUGGAUCCACCAGCACCCCUGCUCCUGCUGCACCCACGCUCGAACACAAAGAACCCCGAGGAGCCUUAUGCCCGGCCAGAGAGAAAGCCAAGGCCAAGCUGAGCCAGAAGGCCUCCGGGGAGGGUCAGAGGUCAAAGAUGAGGAUGUCACCGGGCCUGUUGUCAGGGCUGGAGGUCACGACCCCGAGGAGGAUCACCACAGGGAAGAAACAGCCCAGACGGACAGAGAGGUCAAACAGUGUGGAGGAGAAUCAGAGCCAGACGUGGAGCAGAACAAACCAGCAGAGCCCUGCAGCGAGGGAGAAGGACCUGUUGCCUCCUCCCUCCCUGGAGCUUCAAAACCCCCCUAGGCCACGCAGCAAACCCCCCAGUGGGAAAACAGCCCCCAGGAAAGAGCCUCGCAGUGCUACCAACACAAACAACAACACAGCGACUCCACCAGCCGCACUCCAGCAAGCCCCCACGCCAAUUCCUGCUGUCAGUGUAAACCAGCAGGACAAGAAGAAACACAGAGGCCCAAGCACCAAAAUCACCCCAAAGUCCCGAGAGUUCAUCGAAACAGAUUCCUCGUCCUCAGAAUGCCACUCGGAUUCGGAGGAGGCGAUCAAAGUCCCCGCUCUGCCUCCUCAGACUGCGCGCUCUGCCAUCAGCACACACACUCUGUCCAGCACGCACACACACACUCCUCUCCUCCCGUGCCUCACUUCUGCUGGCAGUAUGGGACCCUCGGGGGGGAAGGGGCUCCGGGUCAAAGACAGUAGCAGCGUGAUAGCUAACGGUAGCAGCAGUAACGGUAGCAUCGGGGCUUGUGGGAACACCCUGAGCGUUAGCAACAUUAGCGGCUCAUUUGGCCCCUCUGUGCCUGAUCCUGGGGGGUCAGGGGUCCCAUGCAAAGAGUCCAUGUCUCCCCCGUCCAACAUCGGAAACGAGGCGCCCCUGUCUCCGUUCAGGGAAUAUCAAGAAGUCCAGAGUUUAUGGGUGAAAAUUGACCUGAGCUUUCUCAGCAGGGUGCCUGGCCAGGGUCCGGGGGACAGAGCCAAAGUAGAGAGGGACGGAAGUGAGAGACAGGGGGAGAGGACAGAGAGACAGAAGCAGGCAGAGAGAGAGAGGCAGAAGCUGCCUAAAGCUGAGAAACAGGAAGAGGAGAAUGAGCGAUUAGCGCAGGACAGAGAGAGGCAGAUGGACAGAGAGGACAGGGGGGAGAGGGAGAAGGUGUGCCAAGGUCUGGGGGUCCUGGAUACCCCCCCUGUGCUGGAGCAGAGUAAUCCCAGGCUGGCAGGCAGGACGGAGAGAGCGGAGAGCGGAGGCAAACACAGGGUGCCGGUAGCAGGAACUAUGGUGGUCCCCGCAGAGAAACACACCAGCAAGAGCAAGAGGAAACACAAGACAGAGCACAGCGAGGCAUCAGUCAACGGCAAUAAGAAGCUGCGGUUGGACAAAGACUGUCUGCUCCUCCCACCAUGCAUCUCCCCAAUACACAACCACAAGAACAGCACCACAGACAGCUCAUUAAACAGGAAGCAGUCUCGGCGGCGCGACGACAAGCUGCUCCCCCCCCUCCUGUCCCCGCUCUCUGACGGCCCCCCUCGGAAACGAACGUGUGACAGCAGUUCCUCUCUCAGCCAGGAGGGCGCUGCCACACUGCCCUGCUCCUCCUCUUCCUCCUCCUCUUCCUCACACAGACACAAGAGAGGGGAAGAAAAGGCGUCAUCACAUGCGAGGAACGGCAGCGAAGUUGAUACCCGCAAUGAGAAGCCCAGUGGAGACAGUUACCAUGCCAACGGACCGUCAGACUCGGAGGUGUGGUCGGAACCUCGCCGACCCAGACUGUCAUUCAGCGACACAGUCCACAGUGCUGACUACUACAUGCAGGAGGCCAAGAGACUGAAGCACAAGGCCGAUGCUCUG